GCCGGCCAAUCAGCGCCCGCCUCCCCCUGCCGACCAUUGGCUGUUGGUGCGGCGGCCGGUGAGAGGGUCCCAAAUAUUGCCAGAGAGGGAGAAAGCGAGGCUCCUCAACGGCAGCAGGAAUUUUAAAGCAGUAAUGGCUGCUGAAUCUCCCCGCCGCCCAAGCCGAUGUACCGGUGGAGUGAUAGUUCGGCCGCAAGCUGUUACGGAACAGUCAUACAUGGAAAGUGUUGUUACAUUUCUGCAAGAUGUUGUACCGCAGGCUUAUAGCAGUACAGCUCCAACCGAAGAAAAAGAGAAAAUUGUAUGGAUCAGAUUUGAAAAUUCUGACUUGAAUGAUACGUUAAGGAACGUGGAGUUGCAUGAGAUGCACAGCACUGGCAGUGAACCUCCUCUUCUGCUCAUGAUUGGCUACAGUGACGGGAUACAGAUAUGGAGCAUACCUAUUAGCGGUGAAGCUCAAGAACUUUACUCUAUCCGACAUGGUCCUGUCCGAGCAGCCCGAGUCCUGCCAUCACCACAGAUCAAUCGUGAGAAGAGUGAUAACUUUGCUGAGAAGAGACCUCUCCUUGCUGUGUGCAAAAGCAUCGGAUCUUCUGGUACCAGCCCUCCUUAUUGCUGUGUGGAUCUCCAUUCUUUGAGAACAGGUGAAAUAGUCAAAUCUGUGCAGUUCAAAACACCUAUUUAUGACCUCCACUGCAACAGAAGGAUUCUUGUUGUUGUCUUACAAGAGAAGAUUGCUGCCUUUGACAGCUGCACUUUCACUAAAAAGUUCUUUGUCACAAGUUGCUAUCCUUGUCCAGGGCCAAAUAUGAACCCCAUAGCUCUAGGAAGUCGGUGGCUGGCCUAUGCGGAAAACAAGUUGAUUCGGUGCCAUCAGUCCCGGGGUGGAGCUUGUGGAGAUAACAUUCAGUCCUACACAGCCACAGUCAUCAGCGCAGCCAAAACCAUAAAAACUGGGCUCACCAUGGUUGGAAAAGUAGUAACCCAGCUGACGGGCACUUCACCAUCCGGAACAGCGGAAGAAGAAGUCUUAGCACACAGCAACAGCCGACGCAGCCCCUUGGUCCCUGGAAUCGUCACUGUUAUUGAUACUGAGAUGGUUGGAGAAGGGCAGGUGCUGGUGAGUGAGGACUCAGACAGUGAUGGCAUCGUGGCUCACUUCCCUGCCCACGAGAAGCCCAUUUGUUGCAUGGCUUUCAACCCCAGCGGCAUGUUUCUGGUAACAGCAGACACACUAGGCCACGAUUUCCACAUCUUCCAAAUUCUCACCCACCCCUGGUCAUCUUCACAAAGUGCCGUCCAUCAUUUGUACACGUUACACCGCGGGGAGACCGAAGCCAAAGUGCAAGAUAUUGCAUUCAGCCAUGACUGCAGAUGGGUGGCUGUUAGCACCCUCCGAGGCACCUCCCAUGUCUUCCCCAUCAAUCCCUACGGAGGGCAGCCCUGCGUACGGACUCACAUGUCCCCCCGGGUCGUAAACCGCAUGAGUCGCUUCCAGAAGAGCGCAGGACUAGAGGAGAUUGAGCAAGAGCUGACCACGAAACAAGGAGGACGCUGCAGUCCUGUGCCGGGGCUUUCAAGCAGCCCAUCUGGUUCCCCUCUCCAUGGUAAAUUGAACAGUCAAGAUACUUAUAACAAUUUCACCAACAAUAAUCCGGGAAACCCUCGCCUGUCCCCACUUCCAAGUCUCACUGUGAUGGUACCUCUUGCUCAAAUCAAGCAACCCAUGACUUUAGGAACCAUCACGAAACGUUCAGGACCUUACCUGUUUGGAGCAGGGUGUUUUUCCAUAAAAGCUCCAUGCAAAAGCAAACCAGCCCCGCAAAUUUCACCCAGCAAAUCUGUUGGAGGAGAAUUCUGCGUUGCUGCUGCCUUUGGCUCCUCAAGGUCUUGGUUUGCAAGCAAUCCUGGUCUUAAAAGAGAGAAAGAUCAAUCCAAACAGUUCACUGUUGAGUCUCUGUACAUCAUCAGCUGCUGUGGCACUUUGGUCGAGCACAUGUUGGAACCUCGGCCUCUCAGCACCACCCCUAAGAUCAGCGAUGACACCCCACUGGAGAUGGUGACCUGCCCACGAGCUAGUUGGACUCUUGUCAGAGCUCCCCAGUGGAAUGAACUGCAGCCGCCCUUUAACUUGAAUCAUCCGCUACUCCUGGCCGCAGAUUCUGUGCAGUGCUACCAGUAUCUGCUUCUUGGCUUAGUUCCAUUUGGAAGCCCAGGGCCUAUUACCCGCAAUGAGUCCUAUGACAGUUUAACUUCUGAUCACAGUGGACAAGAAGAUGAAGGAUGGCUUUCUCAGGUUGAAAUUGUGACUCACACUGGACCUCACCGGCGCCUGUGGAUGGGCCCACAGUUCCAGUUCAAGACUAUUCAUCCUUCGGGCCAAACAACUGUGAUUUCCUCCAGUUCUUCAGUGCUCCAGUCCCAUGGUCCCAGUGAUACUCCGCAGCCCCUCCUGGACUUCGACACAGAUGAUUUGGAUUUAGACAGUCUCAGAAUCCAGCCUGUACGUUCUGAGCCCGUUAGCAUGCCGGGGUCAUCACGCCCAACUUCUGACCACCGAGGAGGUUCUUCAGCAACUGACGCUACCUCAGGGACCUUUGACCGGAGCAUGACUCUCCUGGAAGUCUGCGGGAGCUGGCCUGAGAGCUUUGGGCUGCGUCACUUGUCUUCCAUGGAGCAGACAGACGAGGGCCUUCGGGAAAGGCUGGCCGAUGCCAUGUCCGAGUCACCCAGCCGGGACAUAGCGGCAUCUGGAACAGAGCUCCAGAGAGAAGGAAGCAUCGAAACCUUGAGUAACAGCUCAGGGUCCACCAAUGACAGCAUUCCACGUACCUUUGACGGCUACCGGUCACCUCUUCCCACCGAGAGCCAGCCCCUCAGCCUAUUUCCAACGGGUUUCCCAUAAACCACGUUCCUGGGGAGAAAGAAAUCUUCACCUCGAACUGGCCAACCAGCCAAUCUUCCACAGAAGUUCUUGAUGUCCAUUCAGCUCAAUGGUACACACAGAUGCUGUGUCGCUUUUCGCCCUUCCGGGACUCUACGAACAAAAUGCUGCGUUUGCGCUAUUGUGCAAUAGGACUGGGGAGAUUCCUUUCAUCCAAAUAGCUUUUUAACAUUUCUCCUCCCAACCCUCAAAUCAGGGGAAGUGGCUGUUUUCAAGAAGUAUUUUAAAGCUCCUUGUCAAAAUGCGCUGCUCCCCUUCCCCAUGGCUCCCUUACCUCCACGGCAAAUGGAGAUUCGAACUCUGAAACGCAGCUCAUUGCUGUUUUUUCGUAAGACUUAAAGCCUCUGUCCAUAUUUCCUGAGUUGGGAGAACAGGUCCUCUAAUUCAGAGUUGUUGGUAUCUUUGCGAAUCUCUGAAGCACCAACAGUUGGACUAAACACAAACAAGGACUAGAUUCAAAUAACGCAUGGGUUAGUUUGCAAGAUUGUUAACCAGGUUCCUCAAAUUGACCUUGGAUUUGACAACCCGGUGCUCCUUCCUUGAUAUCAAAAGCCAGGAGUAUUAUAUGCAAAGCAGCUUUUUAUUUUGUUUUCUUUUUAAAAAUUUUCUCUUUCUUUCUGCCCUGGGGAAGGAUGACCUUUGAUUUUUCCUUUUAUUUUAGAAAAAGACUUCAUUGAAUUAUAAUUCAAACUGCAAGUUUCUUUCCCUGGGCUAUUAUGUUGUUCCGUGGAACUGCUCAUGUCUAUGUAAAAAUGCAUGUGAUCUUGAAUAAAUUGCUAUGGCGAAAGGAUUGCUUUCUA